CCAUAAUCUAAAUCAGAGACCGUAUAUUACUCAAUGAUACGAGACAAAUACUGAUGUCUACGCAUCAUUUUGGUGGCCAAUAAAGUGCGAUAUGAACCAACACUUAGCUGCUGCACUUCAGGACCCUUAGUAUCUUUCAUCACGCCUUUGUGGACGAUCAUACCAGACCACGACGUCAAGGCAUGAUUACAAAUAUUGUCAACAUCACAAUUUUACCCGCUCGAAUUGUAAUAUUUCAUUUAUGACUUAUAGAGGUGAGUACGAAUGUUUUGAGUAAAGAAAAUAUACUUUGUCGUCUGAAAUUAAAAAAGUAUUAAACCCGUAAGCACUUAGCUAGAUACUUGAAAAGCCAGCACACAUUUACGGGUCGUGAUGCACCGAUCGGUAAUCCUCUAUCGACCGGCACUAUCAGUAAAUGCCUCCUAGGCCUUGGAUGCGGCAGAUCGCUAUAGCCGCCAUAGCUUUUAUAACACUUUUGAUUACUUUAAUCAAGCGUCGUUACCAUACUGAAGUCCUGGUAGACCGCGUGAGCCAAAUUAUUCAUCUUACAGCUUUUAGCAACGCCAUCACCAAUGAAGAUUUAAAGACACAUCGCAAAGCAGUUGCGAAGAGCGCAUUGAUUCGCAACUGCUAGCCUAGUGGCAAUUUGUGGAUCGCCGAUCACCAUGUUUAUAGUGCCGUACGAUGCAUGAUUUAGUCGUAAAUACCAAAGUUCUGUAUCACUAUGUGCUUCGUGGCCUUCAGGCGUGCAGCAAAUUAGAUGACAAUCUAUUUGUCCACCUUCAAAGAGUCAUAUGACUUUGUGUUGUAAGAUGUCGUAUUUGGAAGCAUCCAACGCCGAGCAGAAAGCCACGACUCAGUACACCAAGCUAUAAUUGCUACAAUGGAGAAAAUAAGACUUGUUGCUCAUCUCAAGCGUACGCGAAAUUGCGAAGUCCACGAGAAUCUUGACGGUUCCAGUCAUGACAAAUUGUUGUCUGGAACGAAGCUGAUGAUCACGUCCCGGGGAAGCGCAUCAGUGUAACGAAGUGCCAGCUGAGUGGGUCAAGUGUGGUAUCAAAAAAAAACAACAAGCUCCUAAAAUGGUGAUGCCCAGUUUGUUGGCACCAAGUAUUCUUUGUUUCUUAUUUCACGUCAAUAUCAGCAAGAACUCUUGAAGCACGUGCUGAGAUCAAGUCGCAAAACAAUCACUACGGCAGAGCAAUAUGCUGAAAGGAGAUUUUUGCACUUCAAGUAGAAAUUGAUACCCGCAUACAUGCCAACUAGUCAGUAUGAUAGAAUCACUAUCUCACCAUUACCCUCUACCUCGACCCAUCGAGAUGGUACAAGUGUGUCGUCUACAUUGCUGCCUCGUGUUCACGAGUGUGUAGAACGACUCAACGUGGUGCUGAAGCGGUGUCUGCGGCUUUCACUUGCCUGCUGAUGUUCGUGCUGGACCACAUCGAAAAAAAUAAUGAUGAAUUUUAUGAAAUUGUUUUAGCAAAUGUAGAAAAGUGAUGAUAUCGCGCACAUUAAAUUUGUGAAUUAUUCAACCAACAAAUUCUGAUUGAGCGACGUUCAUCUGCUUAAAAUUUGAAGACUGAUCUUCAUGUCAAACUUAUGUGCGAUCGAUCAUCCACUUUCCUAUGUACGUUUGUGUCAGCAUUAAUUU